CUCUAAAAACAGUCGAGCCGAAGAUGGCGACGUGCGAGUGGCGGUGUCGAUGCGGUGUUUGAGAGAAAGGACCAUGUUGUUGCCGCAGUGUUCGCAGUGUUUCCGUAAUCCGCGUUAAGUUCGGUGCAAAUGUAGGAAUGUCAGAAGCUAAAAGGGUACCUUUGCAGACCUUGGAGUUACCGGAGUCCUUGGGCUACGUCGCGAAAAAGGAGAAAAAAGGGGAAAAGGGCAAACAGCUCGCGCCCUCCUUCCGCUUUACACUUACCCUGCCAGAGUCGAACGAGAAGGCAUGUCCUGAGUUCAACUAUGCACAACUCCUCAAAGCAGCCGAGAAAAAACGUAGGAAGGAAUUAAAACGAGGAGAUGAAAAUGCAACCAAUGGACUGUCUUUUGAUGACGAUGACGAUGAUGAUAAACUACGAGACAUGGCAAGACGAUUUGAGGCGAAAUAUGGAACUUCUACCAUGGGCAAAAAAAGACAUAAAUAUGAGGAUUAUGUGGAUUUGGGAGCUGGAUAUGAUGAAAAUGAUUCUUUUAUCGACAAUACUGAUGCAUAUGAUGAAAUUGUACCAGAAGAGAUGACUACAGCACAUGGAGGCUUUUACAUCAAUUGUGGAGCUCUUGAAUUUAGAUCAGCUGAUAGACAUGUAUUAGUUCAUAAUAAUAAUAACAAUAAUCAGAGCAAUGAUGAAGAAAGCAGUGAAAGUAGUGAAGAGGAUACAGAAGAUGUGGAUAGCCCUAAAAGAUCAGACAAACGAAAUAUUAGUUCAUCGGAUGAGGAUGAUACUGAAGAUAUUACUGGUGAUCAACCAAGAAAAAAACAGAAGAUAGACGAAAAUGGGGAGAAGAAACAAACUCAUGAAAACAUUAUUAAAAAAAAGAAAAAGCAACAGAAUUCCCAAGAUCAGCAAAAUUUUCAACAAGAUGGAGACACCUUAAACAGACGGAAAGAGAAAGGAGAAACUACAGAUGCUGAAGUUUCAGAAGAUCAAGAAGACAAAAAGAAAUCUGAUAAAGUAGAUACACAAAAAACUAAAAAUACUUCGGAUAAAAAGUUUGAUAUAAAAAAAUGUGAAAAAAAGACCUCAAAUACUAAUGGUUUCGAUGGCAAAAAGUUAGAAUUAAAAAAAUUAGGUGGUAAGGAUAGUAACAUUGAUGAUGCAAUAGAGAGUGUAGUGAAUGCUGCAAGAGUUGAAGAUGAAUCAAGUAGAGAUACAACAGAUUCUGGCAAAUCUCGUUGUAUAGGUACUGAAUCUGAAUGUGAUGAUAUUGAUAAAGAAGAAGCACCAUUACCUGAUUCUCUUCCAGAAAAUGUUGUAGAAAUAGUUAAUAAGUUGAAGGCAUGUGCCGAAAACAGUAAAGAAGGAAAAACUAAAUUUUUCAAUACAACAGUAAAUACAUUAUUGUUAAGUUUAGAGAAAAGAUUGAGGGCGCUUUCGCCUCCAAGCUUGAGGCCACAAACGUACGGUCAUCUUGCACGAUUUUUACCAUGUAGUAAAGCAGCACUUCAAAAUAGAGCAAAGAAAUUAUUUGUGCAGGAUCUCGAUUACAAAGCCAGGGAUCUUAUACAAAGGUUAAAAACAGUAAUCGACGAAAUAAUGCCAUCUGUGAGAUGCAAAUAUGUAGAUGAGUGUAAAAAAGUUGCUGAAGGAAAUCUUCAUUUAUACUGGGAUAUAUAUCGGUACUGUUGGGAAGUAGAAGGGUCACCUGAAGAUGUUGAAAGUUCCGACGAUGAGGAUAUUUGUGAGGAUAUAGAUAAACCGAAAAUUCCUAAGAAACAAUUUCCUUGGACUGAAGAAGCAAAAAAACUUGUAUCUGAGAUUGCAAGUAUAAAAAGUCAUUGUUACAAUGUUUUAAGACCAAGAAAAUUAAGCAUGUAUACUUAUGUUGUAUCUUUCAUGGUUCGCCAAGUAUUACCAUUAUGGCCACCUGGAUACAUGACAGCGCAGGCGUUGCUGAAGUUUGUUGAUGAAGCUGAACCUACGACGAAAAAGAAAACAAAAAAACUGAAAGACGUUGGUAAUGGUAAUACCACUAAUUCUUCAGAAAAUGUGAUGUACAGCUCUACAAGAGUUGAAUCAUCAAGUAUAAGUGCCGCUUCUUCACAAGAAAAGGUCUCAGCGAAUGCAUCUAAAAUUCAGAACGUAACAGAAAAUUCUACUAGUUAUGUAAAACAAGGAACUACAAAAUCAAGUGAUAGUAUAGAAAAAAAACAACAUAGUAUAAAAAAUAAAGAUAAGAAUAAAGAUACUGGUAGUUCGGGGCAGUAUCACGAGAACUCAACAGCGGCAGCUAAUAAUUCCAGUGUAGGUAAAAUUUCUGUUGUGCCUACAGCUCAGCUAAUGGCUCAAAAGCCGGUUAAAAGUCACGUAGAAAAGAUUAAUUUGAUGGACCUAGUUAAUAGUUCUCUUUCUAUUACGCCGGUUAAUGAUUUUCAUAAGCCAUCUACAAAGAUAAGUGAAAAUAAAAAGGAUGUAGUUUCUAUUACUGCUUAUCCUGAAACUUCGAAUGUUCUUCCAAAUACAAAUGAAGUGCCUCAAAGUGGACAUCAUUCCGUACACAGACAGGAAGCUUCAUAUUCAUGUGCACAGUCACAGCAUUCUAAUUAUUCCGCAUCGAAUCAAGCAUCUUCACUUUCGAAAGCGGUAUCUUUAAAACACAGACUGCUACAUGAGAACACUGACGUAAAAAAUAAUAAAAGAUUAGAAGAUAAAGAUAUUGAUUUGGCCAAUAAGACUGAGAGGAAGGACAAAAGGCGGGAGCGAUGUGCAGAAAGUAAACAUAAAUCGCAUGAUGUUAAAAGAAGGAAAAAGGAUCAAAAGGUAUUAGAUAAACAGGUAGGAUAUGUUAAUGCGGAUGUAGUGCCUAUACAACAACAGCAGCAACAGCCAUCACUUACGAAAGAAGAACAGGAACAGAGACAAAAUGAAGAAACAAUUGCUGCUACUAAUUAUUUAAGUCAAAUUUUUAAUGAUGAUGCAUCAUCAAGAGGAAUAUCAGACAAACGAAAAGAUAUUGGACUUAUUUUGGAUGAUCCAAUAGGCAGCGCGGUGCAACCAACGGAGCAAGAAAAAGAUGUUCAAAUGGUGAUGAGAUCGUUAAAAGAACUGCAAGAAUUACAAGAAAUGAAGUAUUCACCAAGUAAUUCACCAAUUAGUAGUAAUAUACAAAAAUCUAACAAGUCGAACACGCAAUGUGCUAAUUACCAAGAUGAAUAUUCACGCUUAUAUUUAAAAAAAGACAUUAAACUAAAGUCUAAAGAAGAUACACAAUGGUAAUAUUAUCAAACACCACACAUGUGCACUAUAGACAUAAAUUAUGUUGAACAGAAUGAAAAUGCCAGUGAACAGAUAAUAAUUUCAUAGAGAUCUAUAGGCGGAUUUUUGAGUAGAUCUGUAUUAUUUUUGAUGAAAAACAAAUUAGUGUGAAACUAAUCAGAACUUCUUCCAUUAUUACAAGUCGCGUUAUUAUCGACGACCAAAAUCAUAUUCAACAGAUAAAUAGCGUGCCGCGAUCGCAUUGAUUGCACCAAUUUUUAAAUAUUUUAACAAACCGCCAAAUUCUGUAAAUAUAUUCAUUCGUAGGAAUUUGAAAAAGCGCGUGUACAGAGUAAGCAUAAAUUAUGGAAGUAUAUUAAUCCUAUAAACCUUUGUAUAUAAAUUGACGUCCAUUCAUUGCCGUGAAUGGGGUGGUUUAUAUAGAUACAUUUUUUUUAUUUGACGGCAUAAUUGCUUAACGAUUUUAAUUACUUGCCAACAAUUAAAGCGAUAAACCAUUACAAUAUUGUUUUAUCUAAAAAUCGAAUUACGAAGCGUUUCGAUUAAUUUUGCUUAUUGCCAGAAUAUAAAAAAUGUGGGAUAAUAAAUUUAUUUUUUCAUAAUACCUAAUAAAUAUAUAAUAAAUACAUAACCACCCUAAAUCACAAAGCGAUAAAAAUAUAUUUGAAAACGGUGUUUCUUUUGCGCACGAACGGUUAUCAUUUUGUGAGUUAAUAAAAAGGAUGAUGGAGAUGUGUAUGUAUAUUUUUCGAAAUUGAAAUCAUUGACUUCCAAUUUAAUUUGGACGUACGAGCAGAUCGUAUAAUUUGCUUGUUAAAUAUAAAAUAAAAGAUGUUAUGGUAGAAGGACAAACUACUGUUAACAUCGAUGCGCAAUUUAUAAACGCAAGAAGGAGAAAUGGAGUCAAAUGUGUUUAAUGUAUUUAAUACUGAACACUUUUAGAAGCUUUAGCUAGAACAAUUAUUAAAUUGUGUUCAAAAUUAUAAACCUGUAUAAUUGGUAUGAGAUUUAAUUAAUCCUGUUGAUUUUAAUAAUCAGAGUGUAAGAGCGAAUGUGCGUGAAAGUACUGUUUAGAAAGAGCUACAAUAUUUUUGAAACACGAAGAUGAUUAGUGAUUGUAUUAUAUACCACACCUUCUUUCCCCUCGCAUCUUACCUUUGCGAUACUUAGAGUAUGAUUAAGCGUCUUGUACAAUUCUUCAUCGAGAAUUUUCACGAAGACGACUUAAAAUAUAAGUUUUGAAUAUUUUUUACAA